AUGAUGGGCAGGGAGUGCCUCGAGACCUCGGAGGCCUGGCGGCAGUUUGUGGAACCUUGCGGCAUGUACUUGGAGCAGAAUUUGCGUGAUGUCGCGGACUGGGGCAGCUGUUGCGUUUGCCAACGCGAAUACCACAGCACGCUAGCUGGGCACCUGGUGGGACAGAAGCACUGGAAGAACUUGUGGUGGUUGGCCCAAGAAGGCAAAGAACCCAAGCAAGAGUGGCGCAAGCCAGACGGAAGACUGAUUCGCUUCAACCAUUUGACUGGCCAGGUGACCGUGUCCGAUGCUGGCCAGCAACCUGUAGAUGCAAACAUGGCGCCAAGUUACCCAGGGCUGGCGCAGCCGACGCAGGCUUUGCAAGCAAUGCGGCCGCCGAAGGAGGUGCAGCAUCUGCAGCAACCAGCAGCUCGCCACCACAAAGAGCAAGAAGAUUGGGAAGCAGGCCACCUUUUCUGCUCAGUGUGCUGCAGCCUCAAGGCCAAAGGUGAUUUUUACAAAAACGAGGCGAAAUGGAGCGUGGAGCGGCGAAAAUGCAAGGACUGCUUUGAGAAGCCUCUAGAACCAGUUGUGGCAGCUCAGCCAACGCCGCUUCCAAAGCAAGCACAGCGUCCGGCUACCCAACCUUUCAGCAAGGAGAAGGAGGAUUGGACGAAAGGUCGGCUAUUUUGCUCAGAGUGCUGCAGCGUUAAAGCCAAGGGCGAUUUUUACAAUGCGCAGGCAAAGUGGAGCGUUGAGAAGCGCAAGUGCAAAGACUGCUUCGAAGCCGAGGAGAUGCUAAGCUUGCAUAUCGUUUGCGCUGUUUGCAGUUAUAGGCUUCAUCGAGACCAGUACCACAAGAAGAUGGACCACGAGACUCCGGUCUGCAAGUCAUGCAAGGAGAAGCAAGAGCUUGAGAGCAGCAGGCUGGUUUGCCGGAUUUGCCUGGAGAAGAAGGAGCGCGGAGAGUUCAGGAACAAGGUGAACCGGGAUGCCCCGCAAUGCGCCAGUUGCCUCAGCAGGAGGGAGAAGGACGAGUACGCGGACUGGCUGCGUCAGCGGGAGGAAGAGAGGGAAAGGAUGGCGAGCUUGAGGGAGACUAUGGCCGAAGUCGAGCUGCGCCGGAACUACGAGCAAUGCAUCCGAGAGAGGAUGCGGAGGUUGCCUGAAGACGAGGAGGAGGUGACCUUGGAAGAGGAAAGGCUCGGCCUGGCCCAAAAUCUCACAGCGACGAUUCUGGAGAUGACUGGUGCGGAGUUGGAUGAUGCGUGGAGGCAUGAGACCCCCUCAAGGGUCCACGCGUCGGACAGGGAGGCCGCGGAGAGAUUCAAGGCCUACGAGGACGAAGGCGAUGAGCUUUGCAAACAGCUGAGCAGUGAGAUCUACAUAGAGUACGUUGGCAAUCAAGAGAUUUGCGACUACAUGCUCCGGCCCCUGUUGAGGGAUCUACGGAACGACACAAGGUCGCUGUUGCUGAAGAAUCGCGUGGUUGCCAGCAUACGAGCAGCAGAUGACCGCAGGCAAGGCGUAUUAGCCAAGCUCCCGGACGUGACCUACGAUGCGGGGUGGAAGCUUUUGGGACCUCAAGAGCUCUGUCUCUUGCAGAGCUUGCCGGACAUGGAGCUCAGGGUGAAGACAUUUCCCUACGAUCUGUGGAAGGACAUCGAGGAGGAUCUCUACGAGGGCAAUGGCUCCCGGGGAUCGCACAAUCAGAUCCUGCAGAGGCUCCUCAGCAUUUCUCUGGGCACGGGCGAAGGUGCCAACCGCACCGAGACCAUGAACUACUGCGCGGACUUGCUCGGGUUUAGAGGCAAAGAUCUUCAGUACGAGAUCUGGGCAGAGCACUUCAAGAGGAAUGCCCUGUCCAUUGAGAUCGACUACGGCUGGGGCAAGGAGUUCAAGGCAGAUAACCUUUGGCAGCGCAAGAAGGAGGCCAACGUCCUGGAGGCGCUGCUGGGGGCGCUGCACCGCUCCGAUUCCGAGCGCGCGCGGCCGCUCUGCCGCGCCGUCUGCGGCCUGGCGGUGCUGUGCCACGCCGCGCCGGCCCGGGCCUCGGAGCUGGUCCCCUCCAACUGGGCCAUGGCCGACAAGGUCCUGGACACCGCGGAGAAGAUGAGCAGCUGCCCCGCGCUCUACGGGGGGGACCUGCAGCGCCGGUCUUUACUGCGGAAAUACCUCGACCAGGAGCGCUUCUUGGCAGACAUGGAGCGGUGGAUCUUCGCGCCGGCCAAGAAGGCCAACAAGAUGCGCUGA